AUGAUGUCUUCUAAUGAAGCAGCCGAACCCAUCGUCAAGGGCCUACUGCCAACCGCCAGACAAUCUUUCAAAGACCUUUUCAUCUGGAAGCAGCGCGUCGAAGUCGUCAAUGAGUUCGGCGAAUCUCACACAGAAUGGCAGUCUCCCGAGCCCCUAAAGAACCCAAUCAGUCUGAUGUCCCAGCUCUCAGCUAGAGACUGGCUCUUCUUCCUGGUGGGGUUAGCAGCCUGGACUGCCGACGCCUUUGACUUCCAUGCGCUUUCCAUUCAGACAAAGAAACUCUCUGACUACUAUGACCGAUCCAAGACUGAUGUCUCUACUGCCAUCACUCUGACCCUGCUUCUUAGAAGCGUUGGCGCCGCUUUCUUUGGGCUGGCUGGAGACAAGUAUGGUCGCAAAUGGCCGAUGGUGGUAAAUAUGCUUGUACUUGGGGUUUUGCAGAUUGCGACCAUCUACAGUCGUACCUUUCAGCAAUUCUUGGCGGUACGCAGUCUUUUUGGGCUGUUCAUGGGAGGUGUGUAUGGGAAUGCCAUUGCUAUGGCAUUGGAGCACUGCCCGGUCAAUGCUCGGGGCCUGAUGUCUGGGAUAUUGCAGCAAGGAUAUUCCAUGGGAUAUGUGUUUGCGGCGUGUGCCAAUCUGGGCGUCGGCGGCUCAACGGAUAGCUGGAAAACGGUGUUCUGGAUUGCAGCUGGUAUCUCCAUCGGAAUCGGUCUUCUGCGCAUUGCAUUUCCUGAGUCAAAGCAGUUCCUCGAGGCCAAGAAAGCCGGCAAGCGAAACACGACCACCAGUGAAUUCUGGAAAGAGACACGCUCAAUGCUAGGCAAGGAGUGGCGCAUGUGUGUUUAUUGUGUUAUUCUCAUGACCUGGUUCAAUUUCUACUCUCAUACCUCGCAGGACUCUUAUACCACCUUCAUGCUCACCCAAAAAGAACUCGACAAUUCCGGUGCCUCAAGAGCGUCGAUCCUCAUGAAAACGGGAGCCUGCGUUGGUGGUACAAUUAUCGGAUAUCUAUCCCAGUUCGUCGGUCGCAGACGCGCCAUCGUCGUGGCAGCCCUUUUGUCUGCGCUCAUGAUCCCGGCUUGGAUUCUCCCAGAAGGCGAGCGCGCACUAAGUGCAACUGGAUUCUUUAUCCAGUUCUUCAUCCAGGGAGCGUGGGGUGUCAUCCCCAUUCAUUUGAACGAAUUAUCCCCCCCUGCAUUCCGGUCGUCUUUCCCGGGUCUCACUUAUCAACUUGGUAAUAUGAUUAGCUCCCCAUCUGCGCAGAUUGUCAAUGCCAUUGCGGAGUCUACUUGGGUUACCACGAAGUCGGGCGCUCGCGCAUCUGCUUAUGGGCCUGUAAUGGGUAUUGCUACUGCUAUUAUUGCUUUGGGUAUUGGUUUUACUACUGCUGUCGGACCUGAGAAGCGCGGUCGUCGCUUUGAGACUGCCGUUGCUGGUGUAGAUGAUAUUCCUUCAGCUAAAAGCUUGGACUUGGAAGCUGGCAAUGAUAAUAAGGCGACAGACGAGAUGGUAGAGAUGGCGGAGAUGGCGGAACAGAAGAAAUGA